UGAAAACCGCGUCUAAUUUUCACAAGAGCGAGUUUGGACUCCUCGUGCGAGUUUCAAUUCACCGUUUAUCGCAGCAUGCGUAUUGAGACGUGUUAUUUCUGUUCGUCCCGGAUAUAUCCGGGACACGGAAUACAGUUUGUAAGGAACGAUUGCAAGAUAUUCAGAUUCUGCCGUUCAAAAUGCCACGCCGCGUUCAAGAAGAAGAAGAAUCCGAGGAAAGUCAAAUGGACCAAGGCCUACAGGAAGACCUUCGGCAAGGAACUGGCAGUGGACCCGUCGUUUGAGUUCGAGAAGAGGAGAAACUUACCUAUCAAAUACAACAGAGAAUUGUGGACUAAGACGGUGGAAGCGAUGAAGAAGGUGGAAACCAUCAGGCAGAGGCGACAGAAUCUCCACAUUAUGCAACGAUUGCGCAAGGGGAGAGAAUUGGAGCAGGAAGUAGAUAUUAAGGAAGUUCAACGUGAUUUGUCUCUCAUCCGUUCGCCAGCAAUUGGUCUCAAGAAGAGGAUGCAACAGGAAGAGGCAACUGAGGAACGUGAACACGAACGGAUGGAAGCAUCCAACGAUGAAUGUGAAGUUGAAGAACUUGAAGUCAAUUAAUUUAUCACAUAAAUCUCUCAUGUCACCAUCCUUUUUCAUUCCUUACCAUUGUUUCAGUAUCUGAUGUAAAUGAGAGCAAUUUUUUGUCAGCUGUGCACAUCAUACAGAUAUAAGUGCAGAUACAUAUUCUUUUAUGAACAAAACAGUAACAAGGAAGUGGAGAGGUUCCUUCAGUUUUGAUAUAUGUAACGAAAAGGAGAGAUUGCUUAUUAGCAAAUUGCAUAUUAGCAAUAUGACAUCUUUAAAAUAUUCUUAUCUGUUAAGAAAGCUUGUACAUAGAUGUAAGCUAAAAGUUAUAUUAAACGUUUACUAUGUAACUGUA